AUGAUUAUGGAAAAUGUAACCACAAUGCCUGGAUUCCUCCUCAUGGGUUUUUCUGACAACUGUGAGCUGCAGCUCUUACAUGUUUUGCUAUUCUUGGUGAUGUACCUAUUGGCCUUCGCAGGUAACCUCAUCAUUAUUGCCGUCACCACACUGGACCAGUGCCUCCAAUCCCCAAUGUGUUACUUCUUGAAGCAUCUUUCCCUUCUGGACCUCUCCUUCAUUUCUGUCACGGUCCCCCAGUCCAUUGACAACUCACUGAUGGAUGAUGGCCAUAUUUCCCAUGGUCAGUGCAUACUCCAGGUUUUCUUCUUUACCUCUCUGGCCUGGGCUGAGGUUGCCAUUCUCACAGUGAUGUCUCACAACUGCUAUGCAGCCAUCUGCCUCCCGCUGCACUACGAGGUCAUCAUGGAUCCGGGUACCUGUAAGUGGGCUGUGAUGGCUGUGUGGCUAAGUGGGGCUCUCUCUGGAAUCAUGUACACAGCAGCCACAUUCUCCAUUACAUUCUGCAGGGCCAAACUAAUCCACCAGUUCUUCUGUGAUGUGCCCCAGUUGCUGAAGCUCUCCUGCUCCAGUGACUACCUUGGAGUGACUGGAGUGGCUGCCUUCAUGUCUGUGAUGGCGUUCAUCUUCUUCACCUCCAUUGUCCUCUCCUAUAUCCACAUCUUCUCCACAGUUCUAAAAAUACCCUCUGCUGAGGGCCGAUCCAAGGCCUUCUCUACCUGCCUGCCUCACCUCUUUGUUGUCUCAUUUUUUCUCUCCACAGGAAUCUUUGAGUUCCUAAAACCAACUUCAGAUUCUCCAACUGCUUUUGAUCUUAUGAUUUCUAUCUUUUAUUCAGUAGUGCCCCCAACACUCAACCGUAUUAUCUACAGUCUGAGGAAUGAGGCCAUGAAGGCAGCAGUAAGAAAGUUACUGUUGGGUGGGGAAUUCACUGGGUAA